GGACUUUGCCAACUGGUUUUUGGGCCGUCGUCGUACGCCCCGGGAAGCGCGCAGCGGCGUCGCCACACCACUUCGUGAGACCGCUACGAUACGGGAGACCGCGGCUGGCGCGUUUCUGGGGCCGCGCGGGCCGUUUACGAAGAGCACGCUGGGACGCACUGGAGCGCUGUUGCGAGCCGGCGCGGCGCCCGCCGCACGCCAAAACCGCAGCGCGGCCACGCCACACACCCACGCCGCCGCCGCCGCCGCAAGCGCGCCGCAAUCUGCCGCGCCGCGCCGCCAUAACACCGACGCCCGCCGCAGGUCGCGAGACGAUGGCCUCCUUCGCCGGAAGUUCGAAGGACACGGUCGCCGACUUGUUAGUAGACAAGUCCGCCUCCCCGCCGCCCGGCGCCAAGCCCGCGAAGGCCCCGGACACGGAAAAAAAACACUACAGCAACAACAACGACGGCGAGACGAUGGAGGCUUUACUAGAAGGGAGUGGCGGCCCCGACACGCCCCGCGUGGAGUCGAAGAAGCACCUGCCGCCGCCGCCCGACGCCAUGGUCGGCGGCGAGGUGGGCCUGACGACGGACUCGCAAGCACCCUUCGUCCCGUCGAUCGCCAUGGUCACCGAGAAGCCCUCGGACAACGGCAACCUCACGAACCAGGACAUCGAGCCGAGCGACGUGUCGCCGCAGCACAUUAGUACCAAACGCAUGUUCGACGACAAGCCCUGCGGCGUCGAAUCUGAACCCAAUGAUGGCCACCCGCCGAAGCGGUCGCGGGCGGACCUCGACGACUCUCGUGUGAAAGCGGCUCUAGAUGAGACGGCGCCCUCGAACGACGUCCAGCAGCCGCCGUCCAAGAAGCAGGUCUUGGAUGCGGCGAACAAGCAGAGCCACGUGCUCCAGGACGCGGCGUCGCCGCCGCAGCAGAAGUUCGCGCGGAAGCACUUCGAUCCCACGGACAACGCCCUCAAGGACUCCGUCGUGCUGGAGCACCCGCUGAGCGGCGAGAAGGCGCCGCGGCCCGAGAAGCCGAUUCCCGUCAUCGCGCCGUCGACCGCUCCCAUCGCCGGUGUGAAAUCCGAGACGACGAACCGCGUGAAGAAGCUCCAGAACGCGACGAACCAGCCCAGCGGCGCGGGCAUGACGUCGACCGAGAUCAACAAGCCCGUCGCGUCGCACGUCGCGCGGGCGGCGCCGGCCGUCGGCGCGGGCCUCGACUCCGCGACGCAGCAUCACGUCAAGAAGGGCGUCGCCGACACGUCCGUGACGGCGUCGGCUCAUCGGGCGGCGAUGGGCGGGACCGACGCGUCGGCGUGCAUGAAGUGGGACUAGCUCUCGAACUGCCGCCGCCUUCCCCCCCCUCGUUCUAAGGCGCGCGGUUCGAUGUA